UUUUUUUUUUUUUGCAGCAGCAGCAGCAGUUUGUCGCCCAUGUAGCAAUUUAACCCGAAUCGGAACGCUAAUUAGCCAGCUAUGCUAACGCCAGUCACCUCUGUUUACAAAUCUGCUCUUCUAUACGGUGAUGUAAAACCAUAAAUAUUGAUUCAAAAGCGUGAAACAAGUGAACGAAUGAAAGGUGGGAUGAAGGCCAGGUCAAAGUGAUGUUUAUUUAUCAUUGCAAUAAUUAAAAAAAACAACUGUGAUUGGAACGAAGUUGGUUAGUGAGGUCGCUUGCUGCCAGCAUAAAUAAGAAGUACUUAAAACGCACUUAAUCACUGUGGGCGCUGGGCUUCAUUCCAGCUUUCUUUUGUUCUCUUGCUUUUUAAUCCAUUUCUAUGGAUUAUACCACCGUACAGCAGAGCACAGUUGUACUGUACUGUCUCAGUCCUCAGUUACUCAAAUACGAACCACUUCCUUACCAUUCAAGUUUAUUAUUUUUUAGCCCUUAUGUAAGGCUGGACGAUGAUAUAAAAUUACCAAUGAAUCCCCCCAAUACACACACACACAUCUGAUUUCCCUUUGAAUCGAUUUAUUUUUUCAUGUCUGAUAUUUGCUGUAUUUCUUCUGAUAUCAAACAAGCUUUGACACAGUUUCCCCCCAGGAUGACGUUCCCAGCAUUAUUGCUCAAACAAAUACAUUUUCCGUGAAGUAUUUGCAGCGGCACAGUGGACGACUGGUUAGCACAUCUGCCCCACAGUUCUGAGGACCGGGGUUCAAAUCCCGGCCCCGCCUGUGUGGAGUUUGCAUGUUCUCCCUGUACCUACGUGGGUUUUCUCCGGGUACUCAGGUUUCCGUGCACAUCCCAAAAACAUGCAUGUAUGUGCCCUGUGAUUGGCUGGCGACCAGUUCAGGGUGCACGACACCUCUCGCCUGAAGAUGGCUGGUUUCGGCUCCAGCACGCCCGCGACCCAAAUGAGAAUAAGUGAUGGAGCCAAGCCUGGAUGACUUGUCUCUGAGCCAAGGGCUCCAGUUGAGCCAACAGUCCUUCAGUAUUUUCUGGGACACCUACAUGACAUCUUCCCUCCCUCCUGUUGAGGAUAAUGACCCGUCCAGCAUCAACCUGCUUCAAGACUCGCGAGAGGAAUUUGACGAGAUCAUCGACAUGCCAGCGGAGGCGCUCGCCAAUGAAGGCGUCCCCCCACCGGCUUCCGCUGUCCCGGUCGCCACUGACCAUCCCGGGGAAUAUGACUUCCUGCUCCGCUUCCAGAAAUCUGGAACUGCCAAGUCGGUCAAAUCCACUUUUUCCGUGACGCUCACGAAGCUGUUCUGCCAGCUGAACAAGACCACACCCGUGGAAAUUCUGGUGAGGAAAGAGCCACCGCCAAGUGCCUUCCUCAGAGCCAUGGCGGUCUACAAGAAAACGGAGCACCUGGCCGAUGUGGUACGCCGAUGCCCCCACCACCAGAACCAGGAUGCCGCAGAGCACCGCAGUCAUCUGAUCCGAAUAGAGGGCAGCCAGAGGGUGCAGUAUUUUGAGGACGUGUACACCAAGAGACAAAGCGUGACCGUCCCCUAUGAGCGCCCCCAGUUGGGCUCUGAGAUGACAACCAUCCUGCUCAGCUUCAUGUGCAACAGCUCCUGCAUGGGAGGCAUGAACCGCAGACCCAUCCUCACUAUUGUGACUCUGGAGACCCCUGAAGGGCUGAUUCUGGGCCGGAGGUGUUUUGAGGUGCGCAUCUGUGCAUGUCCCGGCCGGGAUCGUAAAACAGAAGAGGAGAACAACAUCAAGACUCCAAAUGUCACCAAGCAAAAAAAGAAACGAAGUAGGUGUUCAAAAGAGCGCACCCCAGCAGCGACCAGCGCCCCCGUUAAGCGGCCCAUUCCCACGUCCAGCGUGGAGGAAGAUGACGAAGACAUUUUUUAUUUGCCUAUUCGUGGACAUGAGCGGUACGAAUUGUUCAAACAAUUCAAUGAAGGCCUCGAACGUCAGGAUAAGGAAAGAAAAAACAACUCCAAUGUGGUUGUGGAAGAGGACGUACCAGUGCCUUUCAGUGGGAAGCGACUAAUGCACAAAGGAGAGUGCAGCGACAUGGAUUAAAAAGCCUGACACCCCCCCCACAAAAAAAAACAUGCAAACUAUGAUUGAAAAAGCCAGUCUGAAUUUUGUUGAGCUGUUAUUAUAUCAUAUAAUAUAUAUAUAUAUAUAACUGUUAGCAGUCUAUUUAUUUAUGGAACAGAGUUACAUAUAUUGGUAGCUGUGAAAACCUCACAAAUAUACCUACUUGCUUAUGUGCUUACCUAUGUCCUAAACAUAAGGAAUUAUUUUUUUUUUUGGGGGGGGGGGGUAAUUUACUUUUUAUUAUCUUCAAACAAGCAUUACAAAUAAACCAAAAUAAAACAAGCAGCAGGGGAGGGUCCAUUGUUUAACCCACAUUGAGUUCACCUUUAUAUUUGUGUGUUCACAUGUCCACAUAAGUAUGAUUUUCUCUAACAGGUAGCAAAUAAUUAAACAAAAUCAGGUCGAAGAGUUAAACCAUAGGUAAGCCAUUUUGACCAAUUGUCUUCAAAAUGAUCAAUUUUACCUCUCAGGGGAAAAGAGAUUAUUUCCAUAGUGUAUCUACAGUCUCCCAUUUAACAGGACUUUCAAUGCGAUUGGCAAAUUUUGAACAGAGGGUGUGCACACUUGUGCAACCACAUCUAUUUUUACUUCCCCUUGUACAUAAAGAUUUAUUUUUUUCCCAAUGGAGUUGUGCAGGUCACAUUAAUGAUGGUACAAUUUUGUAUUUGUCCAAUUUUUUUUUUACAUCACAUAAAUCUGGCAUUAGAACAUGG